AUGGACACCCUCCGCACCUCCUCGCCCUCUCCGGGCGUCAUCCACAUUGAACUCAACCGCCCAAGGGCCCUCAAUGCCAUGAACCUGGCCUUCUUUGACGACCUCGCCGCCGUCAUGGCAGACGUCGCCAGGGACCGAUCCGUCCGUGCUGUCGUUCUCUCUGGCGCAGGCAAGGUGUUCUCAGCUGGCUUGGAUCUGAAGGAGGCGGCUGCGGGCGUCUUUACCUCGGGCGGCCGCCGCAGGCGCGAUGGCGAGAGCGACGAUGACGACGAAGAGGACGACGGUGGCACUUCCGACGUCGCUCGCCAUGGCCUCGCCACCCUCCGCGACAUCGUCGCGCCGUGGCAGGACGCGUUUACCGCCGUUGCCGAGUGCCGAGUUCCGGUCAUCGCUGUUGUCCAUGGUGCGUGCGUAGGCGGUGGCGUUGACCUUAUCUCGGCCGCCGACAUUCGCAUCGCCGCCGCCGACGCCUGGAUCUCGGUGGCAGAGGUCAAGAUCGGCAUUGUCGCCGACCUCGGCACGCUGCAGCGUCUUCCGCGCAUCAUCGGCUCGGCUUCGCUUGUUCGUGAGCUUGCGCUCACCGGCCGCCGCAUGGAGGCCGCCGAGGCCCAUGCCGCUGGCCUCUUCUCCGCCGUUCACACGACCCGCGACGAGGCCCUCGCCGCCGGUCUCGACAUGGCCGCAUCCAUCGCCGCACUCUCGCCGCUGGUUGUGGCCGGCACCAAGGACGUGCUCAACACGUCUGCCGAGCUCUCGGUGCAGCAAGGCCUCAAGUACGUGGCGACAUUCAACGCGCUCGCCACCCAGUCACCCGACGUCGCCGCUUCGGUCAUGGGCCAUCUCACCAAGUCGGUGCCGGUCUUCUCCAGUCUCUGACGCGCGCCCCGCUCCACUCAGCGGCGCGUUUUGUACGAGGCAAUAUCGUCGUUGGUGACUCCUGGAGGCAGCCCACCGCCGGCUUCGUGCAAGAGGCUCAAAGGACUCGCUCUCCCGCCGCGCGAGAGAUACGUCGCCCACACCAGCGGUUCCGAGCCGCGCAGCGAAACCUGGCGCAGCUCGUCGAGCGUCGCCCACGCUGCGCCCGCAGACUGAAAGUCCGGCACCGUCUUGGGCCGUUGGUUCGGGUCUUCGACCUCGGCCAGAAAUACGAUCCGCUGCCGGACGUAUCGCGGCCUCGGAAAGAACUCCAUUCGGAGGAUGCCAGUCAGGCGUACGUCGAUGCCUGCCUCCUCGCGGGUCUCGCGCACCGCUGCCGCUGCCAGCCCCUCGCCGGGGUCCACCCGUCCGCCUGGCAACCAGAAGCCCUGAUCGUCAAACUCUUGCACCACCAGGAUGGCCCCGUCGACCGGUCGCACUACCACUACCAGCGCAAACGCGUACAGCAGCCCAGGUUGCGCGUUCUCCUCAUGUGGUGGCAAGUGUGGCGGGUAGUGCUUGGUAAAGAGAUGCACCGGA